AUGCCCGCUCGCCAGGACGCCUACUCUGUCUCCAUUCCCGUCUCCCCUCCUCCUCCGUCAGACAUCUCUACCUACAUGCGCUCGAUGCACCAACACACCAAGCGACAGAUGGAAGCUGCCAACCGUUCGUCCACGCGGAGGUCCGGUGGGCGCACUAGCUACCCCCGCAUGAACGGUCACAACAACGAAUCUUCGAGCCCCGACUACAGCUCAUAA